AUGUCUGACAGAUGCCUAAGUUCGGGAAAAAAAGAAGGUAUUCAUAUUGUAGCUGGUGAAUCGGUAAGUCUGGCGAGUAUCCUACGUAUAAACGAAAGCAGAACAAUCGGAUCUAUAUCGGAAAUCAAGCGAGUCAGAUCAGGAUACAGAUGCGACAUGAUUGUCCGAGAGAGGAAAGCCAAUCAUGGGGAACACAUCAAAGAAGUAGGAAUCAAAUUGCCAAAAGUUUUAAAAGAUAUGCUAGCUAGUUUUGUCUUUAACGAUAACGGCAGCUAUGAAGGUCUUGCUACAUUUGGAUUAUGA